AUGAAUGAAGAUGACCUCAUGAAUGGAGAUGAUCCCAAGGGGAAGAUGAAGAUGGAGAUCCCAGUGGAAGAGCCUAUGGUCGAAAAACCUAAGGCUAAAAGAGUGCACAAGCCCUUGGAAAGGACUGUGGAAGAGGCUAUCGUUGAGCCUCCUCCAAGGACUUUACCCCAGAAGCAAAUCCCGUUCAAAAGGACGUACAAGGAGGUCGUUACCAAAUCACCUCCAAAGCAGGCAACGGUACCCAAGAAACAACCUCUCCUGGAAAGAACUCUUAAGGAGGCUAAGAUUCAGCCUCCACCAAGACAAGUUACUUUGCUCCAGAAGACAGCCCUCGAACCUAGAAAGCAGGACUCGGGGGGCAAGUUGAAGUUGAAUCCACAGGCUAAGGUAUUUGUGCCUAGAUAG